UGUAAUAGAAACUGUAUCAACGUGGUAAACACGGGAAUUAGUUUUAUUGCAACGCCGUAAAAAAUUAAACCCGUGUCAUCGUCGUUUGCUUUUAGAUUACACUCUAUUUUGGUUAGCACAAAGGAUACCUAUAGCAUUAAGCUACGUGUCAUUAGUUUGUUCACCAAACAUGAUUAGUUUAGCGUAUGUUAGAAGUGGACAAACACAGCCGCCUACAUACACGAGAAAACGCUCGCACCCGCUCAGUUACGUGAAGGAGCUCGCUGAAAAUGAGUCAGUCUGACUGCAACCAAAGAACACAGAGCCCUAUUCAGUGCCGUUGCCCAAACUUGUAAACAUGUCCAACGAGACCAGUUACUUUUACGACUUCGAUAUAAACGAGUGGGCGGAACUUCUCGCGAAAACCGUAAAGGAACGACCGGAGUGGGUGCGCCUGAUGUUCAUGGCGCUGAUGCUGACGGUGUUCGCCGUCGGGCUGGUCGGCAACCUGCUGACGUGCGCAGUCAUCUACUGCGACAAAAGCAUGCACACCGCCACCAACUAUUACCUCUUCAACCUGGGAAUAUCUGACUUUAUACUCGCUUUUGGUAUAUUGUUAGAACUGAGAUCCUACAGAAAGGCUAAAAUAGACACUGUAGCAGAUUACGUUUAUGUGUAUAGUGAAGUGGGGGACUUGAUAUGUAAGCUACAUUCAUUUAUAACGUUAGCCCUGAUGAAUAAUGGCAUACUGAACCUAACUGUGCUGGCCAUUGAGCGGUACAUAGCGAUCUGGCAUCCCUUGUUACUGAACAAGAAACCUAUCUGGCGCAGGGUGAUGAAGGUUAUCGCAUGUAUUUGGAUUCUUGCCAUUCUGGAGGCUCUGCCCGAGAUAUGGACGAUAGCUUUGAUUAAAACAAACAAACUGGCGAUCUGCUUCAUCGUGCCGACGACUUUUGCCAGGAUCUUGAACGGGGUCCUCGCUUUGGUGACGUUCGUGAUUCCCCUGGGCAUCAUGGUGUUCGUGUACUCGAUGAUCGCGUUCAAAGUCAAUGUCACGCCGAGGAAAAAUUCAAGAGAUAAGAUUUUCAACCAACGUAACAACAGGAGCAGAGUUCAUAAAUUGAUUGCAGCGCUGACCGUGUCCUUCCUGGUGUGCUGGCUGCCCUACUUCACGCUGCGCCUGCUCAUCUUCGCUUCCAACAUGAGGCAUACGCCGUGGUACGCUCAGAACUGGGAUGUGCUGCUGAUGGUGACGUCGUUCAACAGCUGGUUCAGCAUCAUUCUCAACCCCAUGCUCUGCAGCUUGAUGUCUACCAAGUUCAGAAGAUCCCUACAGGUAUUAUGGACAACAAAAAUAAGAAGGGCUCGCGCUAAAACGCCUAAAGUAGUAACUGUAUGGACUGUAUAAUGCCUACGUACUUACCUAGUACUUAUACUAGUUGAUAAAUCGCAUGUAACACCAAUGUCGAUUGGCUCUCUCUGGAAAUAGUAACAAUCAAACGUUACUUUUCACCGGGUUUUAAAAAGUUAAAUUACAUACUUAGUAGGUAGUUAGUACCUAAUCUUUAGUAGGACCUUAGAUCUCCGACUCCAAUAAGUAACUACUGACAAAAACAGACUGGAAAUGGAUAGCUUUUAAUUUCUAUACGUUAUUAAAUUUUGUUUUUGUUUUUAUUUCUACCAUAAAUCGGAUCCUAUAGUUCCCAACUUGUUUUAUGCAUAUGAUAUUAAUGAA